CCUGGCUCUUGCCGGUCGAAUUGGAGGCUUUGUAGCGUAUCAUUUUUGUUGUGGUCCCGGCGUCGACACUAUAUCAUCCGAUGAUACAACCGAGACGAUGUUUCACAAAAACUAUUAAAACUCAAAUAAAAUUCUAUAGAUACGUGUUAUAAAAUCCGUUGUAUUUUACUUAUAAUUAUGUCUAUUGGAGUUCGUGUGUUGUUUUUUGUGUGUAUAUUUGAAUGGAGUGUUAAGGCUCAGUUUGGGAGUAUAUCAGUCAGUGUUGGAAUGGGCGGAGUCAAGAGCGGUGAAGAAGAUUUAGCUAUUAAAGGAUCAUGUCCGCCGUACACGAAAUGUGUGCCCAUCAGUGCGUGCCCGCUUUUAGAAGAUAUGUUUGACUUUUCCUGUUUCUCAUCAGAUAAAUAUUUCCAUCGACUCAAUCAGCUAACCUGCGGGCAUGGAAAUGAAGAAGAUUACAUUUGCUGUCCCUCGUGCGAAUGCGGCCAGGUAUAUCAGGAGAAUACAGAGAAAUGUGGCCAAAGCAUGGUACGAGGCGUCAACUAUGAUGGGUUAGGAACUCAUCCUUGGGUUGCCAGAAUAGGCUUUACAAAUAAAGACACUGGUAACGUAAGAUUUGCAUGCAGCGGGUCCAUCAUAUCGAAACGUAUUGUCCUCACCGCUGCUCAUUGCGCUCUCGCUAAGCCCGAGGGAUACAAGUUAUCAACAGUAGUAGUUGGAGAAUGGGAUAUCGGCCGCAGCCCCGACUGCAACGACUUCUUCUGCGCACCCCCCACUCAAGCAAUCAAAGUACAAGAAGUGAUUGUCCAUCCUGGUUACGAGCAGAAGAUAUUCAGACACGACAUAGCGCUUAUAAUGCUUAAGGAUGAAAUUAAGUAUUCAGUGACAGCAGCGCCGAUCUGCCUCAACGAUAAGCCGGAAAUCGUGAUCAAAGAACGAGCCUCGCUAGUCGGAUGGGGAAAACUGUCCGGACAAACUAAUGUGGUUAGCCGCCAACAAUUACUAGAAGUUCCCAUGCUUCCUUUAGAAAAUUGCGAGCAAGUAUUCGGGGAAUCAGUGCCGGUGCAUGAGGGACAACUGUGCGCCGGGGGCGAGGAGGGGAAAGACGCGUGCUCCGGCUUCGGAGGAGCGCCUUUACUGCUCAAGCGAGAUGGGAAAUAUGUUCAAUUGGGAAUAGUAUCUUUCGGUUCAGAAAACUGCGGCAGUGAAGGAAUCCCUAGUGUUUAUACGAAUAUAGCCCACUACUACCGCUGGAUUGUAGAGAAUACUCCGCUUAUACAAUGAAUAAUAAAUGGCAUAUAAAAAACGUAA